CCAUGCCUUCCAGAAAUUUUAAAUAGUGACAGCCAAAAACCUCAAUCAAAAAAUCCCAUUAUCUCUCUCUCUCUCUCUCCAUUUCUAUCUCUAUUUAUGGUAACAAAAUCAAUACUAGUGAUUUUCAAGUAAUAAUCACUCAUAAAACAGUGUUUUUGGUCGAAUUUACCAUUCUUGAACACAUCUGUACGUUCAAUAUGUAUAUAUAUGGUAAUUCAUUAACCUUUCUUUGGCCUUUCCUCUUCCACAACUCUCCCUUUCCUUCUUCUUCUAUAAUGCUCCAUCAAUAACAAGAAAAUACUCAAAAUAUUCUCAAGAAAAAAAAACCCAUAAACCCAUAUGAUAAUGGGUAUUUUUGGGUUUGAUAUUUCUCUUUGUUUUCUAUUAAUUCUUGUUUUUUCUCCAUUUGGGUGUCUUGGAAUACGUAGUUUCCCUGAAGAAAGACGUUUUAUCGAGGCACCAGAGUACCGUAACGGCGUUACAUGUCCUUUAACGGCAAAAACAACAUCGUUAACGUCAUGUGAUCCUUCGUUAGUCCACGUGGCAAUGACACUUGACUCCGAAUACUUACGUGGAUCAAUGGCAGCCGUUCAUUCAGUUCUCCGACACGCGUCAUGUCCAGAACACAUCUUCUUCCAUUUCAUCGCCGCUGAAUUCGACGCGUCUAGCCCGCGCGUGUUAACACAGCUCGUUAGAUCAAUAUUUCCUUCACUAAACUUCAAAGUUUAUAUUUUCCGUGAAGAUACGGUUUUAAAUCUCAUUUCAUCUUCAAUUCGACAAGCAUUAGAAAACCCGUUAAAUUACGCACGUAAUUACUUGGGUGAUAUGCUUGACACGUGUGUGACACGUGUCAUUUAUCUAGACUCCGAUGUUGUUCUUGUUGAUGAUGUUCAGAAGUUAUGGGGGGUCCACUUAUCCGGGUCAAGAAUCAUUGGAGCACCCGAAUAUUGUCAUGCAAAUUUUACCAAGUAUUUUACUGACACGUUUUGGUCUGACCCGGAUUUGAGCGGGGUAUUCGGGUCAAGAAAAAGAAACCCGUGUUAUUUUAAUACGGGUGUUAUGGUUAUGGAUUUAAAGAAAUGGAGAGAAGGUGAUUAUAGAAAGAAAAUAGAGAGUUGGAUGGAAUUACAAAGACAAAAAAGAAUAUAUGAAUUGGGUUCAUUACCACCUUUUUUACUUGUUUUUGGUGGGCUUGUUGAGCCAAUUAAUCAUAGAUGGAAUCAACAUGGGCUUGGUGGUGAUAAUGUAUUGGGCUCAUGUAGGUCAUUACAUCCAGGUCCAGUAAGUUUGUUACAUUGGAGUGGUAAAGGAAAACCAUGGGUUAGACUUGAUGAGAAGAGACCUUGUCCUUUGGAUUAUUUAUGGGAACCUUAUGAUUUGUAUAAGGUUAAUUAUCAGAGGAGUAAAAUGAGACUUCAUCAGAGGAGUAAUAAUUUGGAUUUUUCUAGUAGUACCAAUCUUUUUGGUUACUCUAAUUAUUUCAUUUGAUGUCAUUCUUUUUACUUUUUUGGUUUUAUUUUUUUGACAAGGUUGAUUUUAAGUGAUUCUUUGAUAGCCUUGUACAGAUUGAUUACUUGGAAAAAAAAAAAAAGGAGAGAGAAAUUUAAUGGGUCAUUAGUUGAAAAUUUACUGGGGAUGUAAUGUGUUUUGUUCUUUAGGGAUUAAAGUUCAUUACAUGAAUUUUUUACUGGUUCCACGGACUUGGAACAAUUUUGGAGAAUUCAUUCUAUUUGUUUGUUGGACAUACUUUGAGAAGAGGAAUAAUUCGUUUCUUGUUUCUCUCA